GACAACGCUGCGCUGAGCUGCGCUUGGUGCCCCCCGGACGACAAGAGCUGCGCGGACAGGUGCAGGCAGAUAUGCAAGUGUGGCUGCAGCGGCUACCAGCGCGACGGCAUGGACCUGGACCUUUGGAGGAAGUGCGAGGGUGAAAGGGAGUGUGUGGAGGAUUUCAUCCACUGUAUGCGUGGCUGCAACAGGGUAGACAGGGAAUGCCAGGCCAAAUGUUGGUUGGCCAAUGAGAAGUGCUCUUGCGAGUGCCUAUUGGUGACUCGUGCCCAGGCCAGCGUGGCCGUGGCGAUCGCCGCGGUGACCACGUGCAGUACACCCGAGGAGCUGCAGGAGAAGUGGUACAGGUGUGUCUCACAGUGCGACAGUGCAGAAGAGGCCUUUGGUAGCGAGUGCGGUGGCACUGAGAAAAAAGAUUGGUGCCUACUUGUUGGGCCGAGUGUUAGGCAGAAGAACUGCGCCUGUGGUUGCGCCGGGCUCCCUAGCACAACGCGCAUCGACGAUCCGGAGUCUUGGGCUGAGUGCGGUGGUAAGUGCUACACCAACGAAAUGGCUUGUAAACAAGAUUUGAUGUCGACGGAAAUCGAGCGCAAAGACUGGUGCGUGGCGUUCUACAAGAAGUGCGAGUGCGCGUGCGUGGCCGGCGCGGCGGGCAACACUGCCGCUGCUGAGUACAUGACGGCCACCGAGGACAGGGAGCAGCUGGAGCUGUGCGCCUUUGUGCGGUCGUGCCACACUGCGACCUGCGGAUGCCUCGAAGGGGACGCGGAGUGCUUGUCCCAGUGCCGCGACAGCUGCAGGUGCGGGUGCCUGCGCUUCCCCGCGGACGGCCCGGACGACCGACCGGCGGGCGGACGGCUGACGAUCAGCCAGUGCCGCGACAAGAUGGACGCCUGCACUACGAGCUGCGAGCCCGGCGACAUCGGCUGCAGAAACAGCUGCUUCCUGGAGAGGGAGGUGUGCAACUGCAAGUGCGCGGGGCGGAGCAGUGGCCCGCCCGAAAAAAGCCCCACCGACUCGGAAGAGAAUAAAAUAAAUAUGUACUGCAACUAUUUAAGUUAAUUAUGACAUUUUUGAACAUUAAAUUAAAGCUACAGGGAGGAA